UAGGAAGGGGGAUUGAGAGAGAGCGAGAGGUGGGAGUACCAGAGACAGAAUCACAACCCUGCUUUAAAGACCCCAACAGACCCGUUUCCGUUUCACACUGCCGCGUGAGGGUGAUGCGCGCAAGGAAGAUGAGCUCCCUUUAUUCCAGACAGCGAAUUUGCGUGUGUGCCUGAUUGUGUAGCCGGCUGGUAGGCACGUUUUUGCUGGGUUCCAGGACAAGGCGGAUGGUGGUAUCCGUGUCUCGAUGCUAGGAAUGGAGGAAUUUGUCAUCGACGAGGAAGAGCCAUGGUACGACCAGCAAGAUCUCGAAUCGGACCUCCACCUGGCAGCAGAGCUUGGGAAGACUCUGUUGGAGAGGAACAAGGAGCUGGAGGAUUCUCUACAGCAGAUAUACAUCACCAAUGAGGAGCAGGUGCAGGAGAUUGAGUACCUGGCUAAGCAGCUGGAGGUGCUGAGGGAAAUGAAUGAGCAGCAUGCUAAGGUGUACGAGCAGCUAGAUGGGACAGCCAGAGAACUGGAGCUCACCAACCGUACCCUGGUACUGGACAGCAAGGCCUCACAACACAAGAUAGAGAGGUUGACUGGGACCAUCGAGACCCUGCAGACCCAGGUGGAGUCUCUCUCUGGGCAGGUGGAACAGCUUCACUCCCUGGAGCUGCUCAGGGUCCGGAGGGAGAAGAGGGAACGACGCAAAAGCAUCGCUUCCUUCCCCUGCCUUAGGGAACUCUGCACCGCACCCAAGUAUGAGGAUGGGUUCGUGGUGGGCCGCUCAGACAGCUUCACCUCAGAGACUAAGCGCCAGCCAGCAGAGGAAGAGAACGAGCGUCUGAGAGAGGCGGUGUCGGCGCUGCGCUCGGCCGUGAGGGCGGAGCGGGGUCGCAGGGAGGGGGCGGAGAGGGAGUGUCACGUCCUCCUGGGGGAGUUCUCUCGUCUAGAGUCACGUGUUCUGGGUGCAGAGAGCUGCCAGGCACGGGUUCAUGAACUAGAGGCAGAGCUCCAGGAACUCCAGCAGCUCCGACGGGCGAGGACCCUCCUCCUGAGCAGCGAAGAUGACGGCGUGGGCUUCACCCAGACCCUCCUCAACAACACCCCCGAGACAGACACCCUGGAGGGGGAGGGAGGAGAAGUGGGUGGAGGGCGAGGGGAGGAGGGUGAGGGGGGAGGAGGCUUAGGUGGAGAGUCGUUACCUGCCUCCAGCCCCGUCAGGAAGAGCUGCAGCGACACGGCACUGAAUGCGAUCGUGGCAAGGGACGCAUCCGGGAGGAGGAGAGGGAGCUACGCGAUCCACGCCAACAGCGUCCGUAAGAGAGGGAUGUCCAUCCUGAGGGAGGUGGACGAGCAGUACCACGCUCUGCUGGAGAAGUAUGAGGAGCUGUUAAGGAAGUGCCGGCGCCACGAGGAGUCCCUGUGCCACGCGGGGGUGCAGACCUCGCGGCCCGUCUCCAGGGACCCCUCCAUGAAGGACUGUGCCAUGGGCCCCACCCCUGCACCCCCACCCUCCCCCACCCAGUCCCCCUCCACCCCCGAGGUGAUGGAGAGCAUCAGUAAGCAGGUGGAGGCGGUAGAUAAACGACUGGGCCAGAGCACGCCAGAGUACAAAGCUCUGUUCAAGGAGAUCUUUUCUCGUAUUCAGAAGACCAAGAUGGACAUCAAAGCCACCAAAGCCAGCAAGUCUGGCAAGUCCAGCAAAUAAAUUCUGAUACUGGAUUGGUAGUGCAGUGCUUAUUCCAUGCUCAAAGCGCUUGAGGAUUAGAGGAGGAAUUUGCCUCGUACUCUACCGAUGUGUAGCACUCAGUGUAAGCUUCUGUAUGGGGUCUGGUCUCCUGUCUGCUUCACACGAGGCUGCUGAGGGGAGAACGACUCGUAGUAAUGCCCGGGAAUGGAGCAAAUGUAAUGGCAUUAUACUACUGGAAACCAUGUGUUAGAUGUAUUUGAUACCAUUCCAAAUGAUUCUGCUCCGGCCAUUCGAGCAACAGGACAGUUUUCACAAACCUAAGGAACCUUCUGUGGACUGCUUCUGUUACUAUAGUUACCAAUCAAACAAUACGCCACUUAAACCAAUCUACUACUAAUGCUAUUAGCACCUGCCGAGCUUUGCCAGUGAGAUCUAACACCGCUGCCUUUUGCUACCGUUACACAGGUAUGAUAACUGUCACCCACAACUUGUUGGACCCCACUAUUGUCUGGGCUUGAUAUGCCCAGCCUGGACACAGCCCUUAGCUGUGGUAUAUUGGCCAUAUACCACAAACCCCCAAGGUAACUUAUUGCUAUUAUAAACUGGUUACCAAACGUAAUUAGAGCAGUAAAAAUAAAUGUUUUGUCAUACCUGUGGUAUACGGUCUGAUAUACCACUGCUGUCAGCCAAUCAGCAUUCAGGACUCAAACCACCCAGUUUAUAAUGAGUCGUAUGUGCCAGGUACAAGCAGAGGCUAAUUUUUCUCCCAAGGCCACUCGAGUGUUGCUGAGUGAAGAAAAAGGGCAUGACGUCUUGUGGAGGCUAACUGUCAGUCUGUCAUAGCAGUGUUCCCUCCUGGUUCUGGAGGGUCGCAGCAUGUGCAGGCUUUUGUUCCAGCCCAGCAUUCAGGUAUACUGCUGGGCUGGGGGGGGGGGAAAAGGCCUGCGCAGCCUGAAGUGCUUCAGUGCACGGAGAUAAUGACACUGUGUCAUUGCAAUGGUAACAGAACAUGUUCUAUAUUCUAAUAAGAGAGAACAAAAUGAAGUGGUUUACACAUCCACCCUUUCCUAACAGGGAGCCACUCAAGGGGACAUCCCAUUCUUAUGGAACAUUGUGCCGAUGUCCUUUUGAAGGCUCCUUGGCUUUUCUCUGCACUGUAAUGUUUUACUGAUUGCACUUAAAAAAAACAACAACAAAAAACACACAUUGCGUAUUUAUACAUGGAUAUUUACUUAGUAUUGCUUGUGUAUUUAUUCCGUUAUUGUGUGUCUCUGUGAGCAUUGAUUCAUGAUAACGACACUUAUCUGCCAAGGUGCCUAUAUGUGAUUGUAUUCAUUAUUGAUAGGCUGCAUCUUUAGAAUGAAAAUCAACUCAUAUUUUUUAUUUUUUUAUUUAUCUACUCAACCUUUUGGGCUCCUGGGUGGCGAAUCAGUUUAAGGCAUUGCAUGUCAGUGCUAGUGAUGUCACUACAGACACCCUGGUUCAAUUCCAGGCUGUAUCACAACCAGACAUGAUUGGGAGUCCCAUAGGGCGGUGCACAAUUGGCCGGUGUAGGCAGUCAGUGUAAAUGAGAAUUUGAUCUUAACUGACUUGCCUAGUUAAAUAAAAAUUAAUUCAGAUGAAUGAGCAUAUCAUUAGUUUUAUGAGUUAGCCUUUGGCAUCACAGGUUAACUAGGCUUUGUCAUUGGGGCAAGCCACAUAAACUCUCUCAUUGAACUAAGGGUCAUUUUUGUUGUGGCACUCUGUAUCAUUGACUUACAUGUCUGCUCUGUGCAAUUAAAGCAUUGGAAUGAAAA